AACCGAAUAGAAAUAAAAAAAAAAUACGAUCAAUGUUGUGCGUUCAAUCUCCGUCAAAAAUUUAUGUCAAAAAUUUUUUUAGGUAAUUUACAAAAAUGCUUUCUAAAUUAUUUAGGCCCAUUAAUUCGCGAGUGGGUUUAUUGCUCGCUCCGAAGAUCCGCGCCAACUGUCCUCCGAUCAGGAGGUUUUUUGAAUUAAUUCCACCGACGCAGUAUGACAUGCCGAUGCCGAAGAAGCUUCAGUUCAUUCACGUCAUGAAGAACUACUGGGAGGUCAUACCGCUGUUCCUGGUGACGGCCGCGAGCCUGGUGAUGAUGGUGCUCUCAAUAGCGUGGGCUGUUAAAAAUAAGGUGGACGUCGUUUACUCUAGCCGCAGCCGCGACAACAUCUCCAGGACGAUGGACCUCCGCAACCCCUCGGUACACAAGAUACUGACCAUCAACCAGCGCUACGAGCCCUGGCCGGAGAUGCAGGACUCGUUGGACAAGAUGGUGAUGGCGGAGAAGAGGGCGCUGGUGAGGCUGCAAUCCUGCAGCCACGCGUAGAGCCGCCGGAGGCCGCUCGCGUUUGGGAGUUAUAAAUGAAAUGCCUUUACAUUU